UGGCGUGAGCACAUGUUUUGGUUUGGGCACUUGAUGUCGAAAAGGUUCGCCAUCACUCCCAUAGACACUUGCUACCUUGAGUCAUUUGUAAAAUUAAGAAAGGCAGGCAGGAUGCAAAUAAACCAAUAAGACAGGAGGCAGGCGGGGAAAUUACAUCCGUGAAUGCCUCCUCUUCUUGUGGAAGUGGGGAGCAGGCAGAACCCCAAGGAGAGAAGGGACCAGAGGCUCGGCGCGCUCUCCCUCCCUCCCAGGGAGGCAUGCAGAGAAGUGAGUCAGCUUAUGGGGCACCCUCAGUCUUGGCUGGUCUGGGCCCAUGUUGCAAUGAUGCUCCUGCCGGCAACUUUUCCAGCUCCAGGGCCCAGGAAGGAGAUAAAGAAUCAGGGUGGGAUAGCCGGGCAAGUUCCAACACCCCGCGAAGUGGCGGCUGCCAGCAGCUGAGCGUGAGAAAAUACCAGACACAGCAGCUCACCAAUAAACCCAUCCAUUUGGCACCCAGACUGGGCAAGAACCACCAAGCAGAGAUACCUACAGAGGUAUGUGUGUGUCCAAAGGUCAAAAUGGAGCCCACUGCUGGGCGGUACCCCCUUUUUGUAAGCAUCUAUUGUGGCUGCCAUCUUUUUUUUUUUUUGACAGUCCUCUCGGGGAUGCCCCAAAGCAAGGAAAAUGCCCUGGAGCUCCAGAGCAUGGCAGCCACAGGAAAAGUUUUGUUUUUGGGGAUCCUCUGCCAGAAGGAAGGGAAAUGCAGAGGUGGAAAAGAGGCUGAAGAUAAAAGUCGGUUUGCACAGGGUGACGGGGAUGAAAAUCCUGGGUGCCGUUUCCAAGAGGAGGGUCAAACUGGGUUGCCAGGUGGCAUGCCAAAGGCUGCUCCCCGAGAGGCAGGUGGAACCAAGGAGAACAAUUACCUUUGAUCUCAUUCAAUUUAAUUUCCAAUUGUGUUGCAAUUAUGCUGCCUUCAUUAAAUGUAGUGAAUACCAUGCCUCCUCCUGUAAUUGGGCCUUUUCUUCUGGAAUCAAGAGGACAAUUUGCUGGCAAUUUGGGGUGGGGGCCAGAGCCUCAGGAGGUGAAGAGAGAAGCAGGAGGACUGAUUCUGCUGAGAAGUCCAAAGGAGAAGCAGCUUCCAGCUUCAG